UGUUUUGGCAGGUUAAUUUAAGUUGUCUUAUUUUGUAUGAUUGACUAUUGGAAAAUCUGGGGGGGAAAAAGCGACACACACAAUAAUAACAAUUAGAAGAGGCUAAAUGAAUGAUCUACCCGGUCGUGUGAGUGAUAUAAGAAUGAUCUGCUUCAUUUCUCUUUAGGGCUGGAGUAGAGUUCUGUUGAAGAACAGAUACACCAAAGGAACAGCUUUUACACUCGGCAUCCAUGAAGCCAAACUCAAGACAAACUUCACACUUUAGAAAACAUGCAUAAAUGGACAGUUUUUUUGUAGUAGAUCGCAGUGGCUCAGGAAAUUGCAUCAUAUUAUAACCUGAAAAAAAAUCACAGCACACGACUUAUGCGUAGUUAGUCUCAGAAACCUUGAAGUUCGUGGACUUGCGGGUAUAAAAGAAAGAAAAACACUCCCAAAGAAACCUAAGGAAACUCCGGUGAGCUUGGAGACAGUAAGAAUGGACCUGUUCAGGAAGCUGUGGGUGGCGAGGAAGCUGAUCCUUGUGGUCAUGAUCCCACUGUCCCUAUUGCCUCUGCCUCUCAUCCAUCCAAGCAGUGAGUCCUCCUGUGCCUAUGUGCUGAUUGUGACAGCAGUGUACUGGGUGUCAGAGGCAGUGCCAUUGGGGGCUGCAGCGUUGGUGCCAGCAUUCUUAUACCCGCUCUUUGGGGUUCUCAAAUCAAGUGAGGUGGCCUCAGAGUACUUUAAGGACACAACGCUCCUGCUGAUGGGAGUUAUCUGCCUGGCUGCUUCUAUAGAAAAGUGGAACCUGCACAAACGCAUUGCUCUGCGCAUGGUUAUGAUAGCGGGAGCCAAACCUGGAAUGCUGGUGUUAGGGUUCAUGUGCUGCACUGUUUUCCUGUCAAUGUGGCUGAGUAACACCUCCACUACGGCCAUGGUGAUGCCUAUUGCUGAGGCUGUGCUGCAGCAGCUCAUCUGCACUGGCAUCGCUGACUCUCACGAUGACUCGGAUACUGUGGAGACACAAGAGGACGAAAACGAGAGGAACCUGAGCAAGAAUCAGCUCGAGCUUUCAUUCUGCAACAACAGCUGUAAGAAACCAGAGCUUUGCACAGUUGCUGAGGAAUUUAAUGGUGUUGCAUUGAAGCCAAUUCAGGAAAGAGACUUUCCAAAGCAGACUAAUGGACAUCUGCCUGAGGUUUCAAUUGAUGUUCCUGUGCCAAGGAAACCCAAAAUCCGGAGGGACUCCAUGUACCCAACCAAGAGGGACCACAUGAUCUGCAAGUGUCUGUCUCUGAGCAUCACGUAUGCAGCUACCAUCGGUGGCCUCAUAACCAUCACAGGCACCUCCACCAAUCUCAUCUUUGCAGAGCAGUUCAACAAUCGAUAUCCAGAUGCCAAAGUCAUCAAUUUUGGAACAUGGUUCAUCUUCAGCUUGCCUAUUGCUCUCAUUAUGUUGGUGUUAACUUGGCUCUGGCUCCACUUCCUGUUCCUUGGAUGCAAUUUCAGGGAAACUUGUUCUUGGAGUAAGAAACGCAAAACCAAGCGGGAGAUUCUCUCUGAGAAACGCAUCCAAGAAGAGUACCAGAAGCUUGGUGCCAUAAGUUAUCCAGAAGUUGUGACAGGAGUCUUUUUCAUACUGAUGACCUUGCUGUGGUUCACAAGAGAACCAGGAUUUGUCCCUGGCUGGACGUUCCUGUUUGAGGAGAAAGGCUACAGGACUGAUGCCACAGUCUCUGUGCUGCUUGGCUUCCUCCUCUUCCUCAUCCCUGCACGCAAGCCCUGGUCAUGUUUCUCUUCGAGCGGAAGCACGGUGAUUGAUUCUGAGGAGGACAAUGAGGAUGAAGAGGAAGGCCCAUUGGCACCCAUGAUCACGUGGAAAGACUUCUUGAGACUGAUGCCAUGGGAAAUAGUUAUUCUGGUUGGAGCAGGGUAUGCGCUGGCAGCAGGGUGUAAGGUGUCGGGUUUGUCCAUGUGGAUUGGACGUCAGCUGGAGCCGAUGAGUGGCCUGCCACUGUGGGCCGUCACACUACUUGCUUGCUUGCUCGUGUCUACUGUGACUGAAUUCGCCAGCAAUCCUGCCACUCUCACUGUCUUCCUACCCAUCCUUUCUGCUUUGUCAGAGACUCUGCAGAUAAACCCCCUGAACACACUCAUCCCAGCCACCAUGUGUGUUUCCUUUGGAGUCAUGCUGCCUGUAGGAAACCCACCAAACGCCAUUGUGUUCAGUUAUGGACAUUUGAAAAUCAGCGACAUGGUUAAGGCUGGUUUCGGGGUGAACCUGAUUGGAGUUAUGGUGGUCAUGGUGGCUAUAACCACAUGGGGCGUCCCGCUUUUCCAGCUGUCGGAGUUCCCUGCCUGGGCAGUAAUGAGAAAUGUAACCGAUGGCUUGUAGAAAACAUGGAGAGAGAGAGCUGCUGAAAUGACAGAAAGGAAUGGACAACUUUUUAUACAUAUGCUGCAAGAGGCACAUUUUUCUCCUCCGAUUCCCUCGGUUUGUGCUCCUUGUGCUUGCUUCAAGUGAAUGGCCUUAGGUAAAAUGCCUUAGACAACAUGGGAAAUAUGGAGACCUCCUCAUGGUGUCCACCUUUUCUUUG